AUGAUACAAAAUAUCAAAGAUUGGUUGUUUCCCAAAGAGGAUACUGAACAAUUUACAGAAAAAGAAGAAAUUGGAAUUACUGUCAUAAUCGAUAAUGUUAAAGCUUCAGUAAAAUUGAAUGAUCAAGAAAAAUUAAGUGAGAUACGAAAAAUACUUGAAAAUAUCAAUACGAUAAAAAUGACGGAUGACAUUAAUUUCACAACGGAUGGAGAAGCAAUAAUUGAUACUACACUUGAAGAAAAGUAUAAGUUGGAAGAAAUUUUGAUCGAAACAAAUAAAAUUUAUCUUAAAAAAGAAGCAAAUUGGCGUGAUUUGGAAAAUAAAUUUAAGCUUGGAUAUGGGCGAAAUUAUGAAGAACAUAAAGAUAUAGUGGCUGAUAAGAAGGCUUUUAUUAUUAAGAACUGUGAAUUCAAUAAAUUUCCUUUGGAUAAUUAUUAUUACGGUAAGAAAGUUAUUUCAUCAGCAGAAGACUUGGUUCGAAAUAAGGGGUUAUUUCUGGAAGUACAAAUAGAAAUUCAGUUUGCAAAGUUGGGUCUUUCAGUACAAUCCGAAAAGAUUUUACAGAAACAUUCUGAAACAUCAACAACAAUUCGGUUCAAAAAUAUAGGAAAAGCAGAAAUAUCCAUUCGAGAACAAACCAUUGAACCCACUGAAGAAUUCAAAAAUGCGGUGCAAAAAGCAAUUGAUUCAAAGGAUCCAGCAAAGAUUAAUCAAAUUAUUCAAGAAUUUGGUCAAUUCAUUCCUACUAUAAUUCGAUUUGGUGGAAGAUUUUAUUAUGAAGAUUUAUCACGCACAAUCGAAAAUUCAGAAAAUGACAAUAAAGCAGGUUCAGCAAACUUUGGUAUUUAUGGACAGGGUCCAGAUUUUCAGUAUAAAUCCGGUUUAACUAGUGGAAGUAAAAACGCUAUGCAACGCCAAGAUUCAUUUAUUUUCGGUGGAGACAAGAUAAAAAUGUAUGAAGGCAAAGAAGAGGAAUGGAUAUCUUCUUUACAAGAUUUUGGAUAUUGGGAACCAAUAGAAUUUCGUAAACCUGUAAGCAUCUUUGAACUGUUAAAUAAAAAUUUGAAAGAGAAAUUAAAGAAAAUUAUUGGAAAAAGGAUUAUCUAUUCUAAUGUUCACGAUUAUAAAUAUAAAAUUAAAGGCUUUCGUAAUUGCGUAGAAGAUUUAAAAAUGCCAAAGGAUAUUGAAAAGAUUUUCAAUUCUGAUAUUGAGCCACAAGUUUUUGCCACGAUUCUUAAUAUGGAUGAAAACAAUGAUAUAUUUAAUUACGCGUUAUAUGCUCCAAGACCUUACUGCAUUCCAAAAAUUAUCAUUAAUUGUAUCCAACCCAAUUGUGAGGAACAAAAAGAAUGUCAUAUUAAGAUAGGUUGGAUAGUUGUUGGGUAUAACCCAGUUUUUAAUUCUGCUUUCUCAAGUUUUGACAUUCGUCUUCAAAGUACCAAGAAAGAAGUGUCUAUGCCAUCGAACAGUUGCAAUGAGAAACAAGUGUUCAAAAUGUCUGAUGACAAUCUUCUUAUAGCAUAUGGUGCGCCUGUAGUAGAUGAUUGGAAUCCUGUUUGCGAGCAUUUAGUCAUUGGUCAUCAUUUUAGCCAAUGCAAAAAUACAAAGAAAACCUUUACAUGUCUUUAUGGAUAUGACUUACAUGAAAAGAAAUAUUCUACUUUACCUAAUUUUGAAUUCAGCUUACUAUCUUUUAUCGAUUAUCCAAAUUCACAAAUAUUUUAUAGAAAAAAAUUCGAAAAAAAGAAUAUUUUUUCUAUCAAAAAGACUAGAAGCAAAAAGCAAGUAAAGCAAGAAAUUGAUGAUAAAUUGCCAGAAUUUAUCAGCUUGUAUGCAGAUAAUGAAAGAGAAUGUCGUCAAUGCUAUCCAGGAUUUAUUGUCAAACGAUUUGAGCGUUUUAUUCUUGAGCUACCUAAACAUGAGAAUACUAUUAACCAAGAAUUUUAUAAUCAUUGCUUUGCUUCAGUUUUUAAUCCUGAAGUUGUUGAAAGCAGAAAAAUAUUUGAUAUUAC